AUGCAAGCCCGCUCUGACGCCUUGCUCCAAAACCACAAUCCGUGUCCAGUUCACGGGCUGGAGAUUGGGUCCCCCGAGAAGCUUCUCCUCAAGCCCAUCUACAUUUUCAACAUCAUGCCGGGUUUGAAGGAGAUGUCGAUGCUUAACUCGAAGGGAUCGAUCUGUGAAACAGAGAAGACAGACGAGCAUGAAUUGGAAGCGAGUAUGGAUGUGGAAGGAGGAUGUGAGGUAGCAGGUAUCGAGGGUAUUCCAAUUGAGGAGCAUCUGGUGAGGGAGGGAAGGUCAGAUGAGUGGAUGAUAUUGAGAAGGGUGGGUAAGAAACAUACGGACAUCUUGCAUGAAUUUCCUGACUUUGACAUUGACAUGGGCAUUGAAGAGGCAGUUGCUAUAUUUGAUGAUACAUUCGGGGUUGUCAUGGUCGUCAUAUCCAUAUCCAUUUCGUGA